AAAGAAAAAAGAGGGAAAAGGAGAAAACAGGAACAAGAACUCGCCUGUCGGUCUGAGUACGAGGGAGAGAGGAGAAGACAACGAGCUUAAAAAACUUUGAUCAAUCUACAAUGGCUGAACAACCCGAAAAGUCGUCUUCGUCUGCGUCAAAACACUCUUCGUUCCAGAGAUCAGCAGAAGAUACCGCCAAGCAACCACAGGUUCCAGGAUUUUUCGGGUUUCCAGCUUCUGCAAAUGGUGAUUUUCAGAUGCAUCCAAUCUUCUAUCCCACACUUGUUCCUGGGUUAACUCCCUUGCAAAAUCAGGAACAGGUGAAUCGGGGUGCAGGCAUUUAUGCUGUCCCUGUUCUUCCUUUUAUGGGGCACGUUACCGGACUUCCAUCCAACAAUCUUAUCCCUCUUACCUACAAUAUACCCACAAGAACAAAUACCGAGGAUGCAGCAGCAGGUGAGGAGAACAGGCAAGUGGGACAACAACAACAGCGUCAACAGCAACAACCUGUACCCCACAGACAAGUGGUCGUAAGAAGAUUUCAAAUUGCAUUUCAACUUGAUUUACUGCUUAUCUUAAAGCUUGUGGCUGUGAUAUUUCUGUUCAAUCAAGAUGGAUCAAGACAAAGGCUAGCCGUUCUUGUGCUAUUCGCGUCAAUCAUCUAUUUAUACCAAACUGGAGCUCUCACACCACUGAUAAGGUGGCUUUCACAAGGGAUGCAGAGAGCAGCUGCACCACCUCAGCCUCCAAGGCCUGCCUUCAGGGCUGAUAAUGUUCCUGAUGCAGCAAGGCAAGGGAAUGAAAAUGCAGGUUUAGGAGAGGCACAGGGAGGAGCAGAGAAUGAGAAUCAACCCGUGAACAAUGGUAAUCAGGCUGUUGAGAAUGAAAAUGGGGCACAACCCGAAGGAGGCAAUCGUGGGAAUCAAUGGUGGGGAAUUGUUAAGGAGAUCCAAAUUAUUGUUUUUGGUUUCAUAACUUCACUGCUCCCUGGCUUUCACAACAUAGAUUGAGAUCAUAGUAGCAAAAUCCUGCCUGCAGGGCAACAACUUGAAAGAUGGAAGAGUGGAUUUAGAUUUAUUUUCAUGUAGAAAUAAAUGUUCAAGAAAGGAGAAAAGAAGGAAUGGAUCGUAUCAGCAAAAGGUUUUCAGUGGUAUAAUACAUAUAUAUAUAUAUAUAUGUAUGUAUUACUGUAUGCUGCAAUUAUAGAGUUUGAGUUAAUUUAGGAGUUUUGAGUUUUGAGUAUUCUUCAAACCUUGUCUUGUGAAGUUCUGUUGCUUUUGUAUUUUUUUUUUUAAAUUUACAACUCAUUUAUAGUUCAAUUAGUGCUUCGUUCUGACA